AUGCCAGCCAAACAAAAGAAACCGUUGAGGUUUAGACGUCCCGGGCUGAUCGAACACAUUUAUGACGACGAUUUUGAAGGUGAAUACCAAUUCGACGAGUUUGACGAGUUUGACAACCUCAGCGAUGACGAUACCGAGGACGAACUCUCGCCAGAAGACUUAAAAAAGGUCAUUGCUGCCCAACAACAAGAAAUAACCAACACUUUUAAAUAUAUAGAGAGUAUUGCUGCCCCAAUACUCUUCACCCUUCUUGGGUUUGCCGUUAGAGUGUACCGAAUCGGCAUCAAUGACACCGUGGUAUGGGACGAGGCCCAUUUCGGCAAGUUUGGCUCGUAUUAUUUACGCCACGAAUUCUAUCAUGAUGUCCAUCCGCCAUUAGGGAAAAUGCUCGUGGGGUUUUCUGGAUAUUUGGCCGGUUAUAAUGGGUCCUGGGACUUCCCGUCGGGUGAAACCUAUCCUAAAGAAAUUGCGUUCAUCAAAAUGAGACUAUUUCAAGCGGUUUUCAGCACCGUUUGUGUACCAUUUGCCUACCUAACCGCAAAGGAAAUCGGUUUUGGUAUCCUCCCAACUUGGCUAUUCACCCUUAUGGUGGCCCUUGAACAAAGUUACGUCACUUUGGGGAGAUUUAUUUUAUUGGAUGCCAUGCUCUUGUGUUUCACCGUCACCACUAUGUUUUGUUUUGUGAAAUUCCAUAACGAAUCGGCGGUGCCAUUUUCUAAAAAAUGGUGGAAAUGGAUCUUGUUUUUAGGAAUCUCUAUUGGGUGUGUUGAUUCUGUGAAAAUGGUUGGGUUCUUUAUCACCUUGUUGGUGGGGAUUUACACCAUUGUCCAACUAUGGCAAUACUGGGGCGAUCAAUCGAUGUCAAAAACCACUUAUUUCUACCAUUGGAUAGCGAGAAUUUUCCUGUUGAUGAUUGUGCCCCUCACGGUAUUUGCCCUCUGCUUCAAGAUCCAUUUCGAACUUCUUUGGAAAAGUGGUACCGGUGAUGCCAACAUGAACUCGCUUUUCCAAGCCAACCUCGCCGGUUCUGACGUAGCCACCGGUCCAAGAAAUGUGGUUAUCGGCUCCAGUAGGGUCACUUUGAAAAGUCAAGCGAUGAAUGGUGGAUUACUCCAUUCGCAUGUGCAAACUUAUCCAGGAGGAUCCGAGCAACAACAAGUCACCACUUAUUCGCACAAAGAUACGAAUAAUAACUGGCUCUUCCAACGUCGUCGAGAAGUCGAUGCUUGGAACCCUUACAACGACGUGGAAAUCUUUGAUGAGGUCUAUGAUGGGAUGGUGGUGCGGAUUUACCAUGAAUCAACAGGAACUAACUUACAUACCCAUGAAUUCGACGCCCCUGUCACCAAAAAACAAUGGGAAGUAUCAUGUUAUGGCUCUAUUGAUGAAGGGGAUGAAAAGGAUAACUGGAUCGUGGAAAUCGUCUCACAAUACGGUAAUGAGAACGCCCUGGUGAUCCAUCCUUUGACUACCACGUUCACCCUCAGAAACCAAGUAUUGGAUUGCUAUUUAGGUACCUCGGGGGCCAAUUAUCCUGAUUGGGGGUUUGGUCAAGGCGAAGUGGUGUGUUUCAAGAAAAACUCUCUCCGUGGUGAUCGUCGUAAUAUUUAUUGGAACGUUGAAAAUCACCAGAAUUCUCGGCUCUCGCUUCCUCCAGCAGAUUUCCUCCUCCCGAAAACUUCAUUCUGGAAUGAUUUCAUCGAAUUAAACAUGGCAAUGAUGGCUACGAAUAACGCUCUCGUUCCCGAUGCUGAAAAACUCGACGAAUUGGCCAGUCUGUGGUGGCAAUGGCCAUCGCUUCAUACCGGUAUCAGACUCUGUGGCUGGGAUGACGAUACCAUCAAAUACUACCUCAUUGGCUCCCCUGCCACCACCUGGCCUUCCACUAUCGCCGUGGGUGUUAUCUUCCCAAUCAUCUUCAUCUACUACCUUCUUAGAUGGCAGCGUCAAUACCAAGAUUUCCCAGAUAGUACCGAAUCCACCACCGGUAAAUGGAACUUGUUUCUCAUGGGUGGGGUCUACCCAAUGUUGGGAUGGGGUUUACAUUAUACCCCAUUCGUCAUUAUGGGCCGUGUCACCUACGUUCACCAUUAUUUGCCAGCCUUGUAUUUUGCCAUGUUGGUAUAUGUUUACGUGUUUGAAUUGGGGGUGUCGCGGCUCAACAGUGGUGUACCAACUACCACGAAAAAAUUCAUGUAUUUCACACUAUAUUUGAUGAAUUUCGCAUUGAUCGCCAUGACAUUCCGCUAUUUUAGCCCAUUGAGUUUCGGAAUGGAAGGUCCAAAUGAAGAUUUCGGUUACUUGAAUUGGUUACCAAGUUGGAAAAUCUCCGACGAAAAACGUUGGGAUUGGAAUUAUGAUUCAUGA